UGAGGUAAACAGGAAAGGCAGUAAAGGGAAAAAAGACAAAAGUCGGGUGGGUUGCGUAUUUUUCAUCCACCUACAUACACUAACUCAAGCGAAUCAUUAAAGAAUAAUUUAGAAACAAGGGAGUAAAAAAUUGUGAAUUUUUCAUGAAAAUUCCAAGCAGUAAAUUGAAGAGCUCAAUCAACACAAGCAACAAAGUAAUAAAAAUAAAGCAGAUAGAAGCGCAAAACAAAGCACAAACGUGACACGAAGCAAGCAAUAAAAAAGGUUAUCAAAUGAUUCAGACUUCAUGCCGCCUUCGAAACUUCAGCAUAAUCAGUGUUCUAGCUUUGACAGUGUCCAAUGUUUUCCUUACACUUCGAUUAUUGCAAGUGUCAGACUGUGGUCGUUUCAACAAUGACAACUCAGUCAUUCCUAGAGCGCCCGUCAUUUUAACACCAGCAACAACAUGUCUCGAGUAUAUUCUCGCUGAUUCAAGCGUUAAUGCUAGUGACAGACCAGUUUUCUCUGGUCUUGAACUUAAAUUAGGACGAUGGGACACUCGAAGAAUGUUCAAAAUAUUUGACUAUGGUGUGGUCGGUGAGAAGUUUGUUGAACUCUCGAGAAAGUUGAAUGUGACUUUAGCAACGCAAAGUUCCAUUGAAAAAAUAUUCUCGUUGGUUCAAGUCUCACAUCACUGGUCGGGAGCUAUUUCGGCGACGGUCUAUGCAGCAGGCGAUGACGAGCUUUACCUCUUACAACUUUAUCUAACGUAUUUAAGACAUUGUUUCACUACAAUUCGCGAACGCAUAGCUUUUCACUUAGUGAUACCAAAAGAACGCUCACCGUCUCAUUUACGAGGCAUUCAUUUGAGUGAACUUGCAAAAUAUAAUUGUGCCAAACCCGAACAAACACUCAACGAAAUGUUGAAGCAACGCUCGGGCGAUACAAAAAAGUGGCGAAUCAAAUAUCCAUAUCCACAGAAUCUUAUGCGAAAUAUAGCGAGAAAAAAUUGUCAAACUUAUUUCGUAUUCCUAACUGAUGUUGACAUUAUUGUGUCAGCAAAUAUGAACUUUGCAGAACAACUUGACAAAUUUUUGAGAAAAGCUAAAUGUUCAAACAUUAAUAAUUUAUGCGCUUAUGUCAUUCCAACGUUCGAGCUUGAUGAACGCGUAAGAUUUCCACGAAAUAAAACUGAUCUGAUAAGAUUAGCAAAUAAAGGAUUGGCUCGACCUUUUCACAAUAAAGUUUUCAUCUAUAAUCAGUAUGCAACGAAUUUCUCAAGAUGGCAAUCUGAUGUAACUGAGACUGAAGUAAAAAUAAGCCAUGCGGUCACAAACUUUGAGUUCCUUUAUGAGCCUUUCUUUGUUGCUCCCGACAAUAACCCAGCCCACGAUGAGCGUUUUAUCGGAUAUGGCUACACAAGAAACACGCAAGUGUAUGAAAUGUUUGUGGCGGGAUAUCAAUUUCAAGUGUUGACGCCGUUAUUUACAAUUCAUUGGGGCUUACAAAACAAGAAAGGCCGACCAGCGUGGCGUGAACAUCAGAACAAUAUUAAUAGAAAACAUUUUGAGAUUUUCAAACGAGAAGUGUUUGCUCGUUAUCACAAAGAUCCUCUGAAAAUGCUUGUGCCAAAGAAGCCACGUGGACCCAAUGCAGGCAAUUCAAAUGCCGGUGGUGUUGCGGUUGGAUAAAACAUUUUUCUACUCUUAAUAAACUCAUAGAAAUUAUUAUUUUUGCAUCAAGCACUGAAACACAAAGUGUCAAAAUAAAUGAGCCUGAAGAAAAUUUAAUUCGCAAUUUGUUUGCAACAAUUAAUGAAUUUUGAAAGAAAAAACACAUUUUACAUUUUUGAAGUAGUGAAAAAUGGGUUGCGCAUAAAUUAAGCAUUAUGCAAUAAUAGCCAAAGCUUUUCCUUUCAUUUCAUUCUGGUUUUUCAUUAAUUGAACGUCAAUAUUGAUUAUCAAUCAUAAAGCAAGCGAAUGUGGGAAUUGAACUCUAAUAAAUGAGAUUAAAUUGUCAACAUUUGGAAAAGUUAAAACGUUUGCGGAAAAUUCGCUUGCGUACAUUAUUUACACUGGCGUUCUCUUAGGCUCGCUAAUAUUAUUUACAAAAACGCUAACAAUAUUUACAAAUAUGAUUUAAAGCUCAAUUUAUAUCAUUGCACAGACAUGGCAUGGUGGUAGGUAAUUAAAAAUAAAUGUAAAAAUGAUUUUAUUCGCACAAAUUGUAAUAUUCAUUUAAGAAAUAAAACUGCAUUGUUUACCCUCCCACGCUGAAACAAAAUGUUGUUGUCUGAAUGUUAACAAUUAAAAAGAAAAAUAAAAUGAGAAAGUUUGUC